AUGGGAAAAGAAGCGUACGCAACGUUUGCGCGUAACCCGGGCGAAGUUGAAGACGCCAUAAUUUUCCUCAAAUCCAUCAAGGAAACGAAAACAUUCAAAAAAGUUUUGAUCUUGUAUGAUCCUAGGAUUGGACUCAGCUCUUGGACAAGGUUGGUCAACCUGUUUGACGAUGUGGUGCAGGUGACAAGCUUCCCGGAACUCAAAAUGGAUUUUUGGAGUCAACUUUUGCUCACGUGCUCAACUCUUUUGGAUUUUGACCGUGUUUGUUUGAUUGACCCUGCGGCAUUGGUUUUGAAAAAUUGUGAUUCACUAUUUUCAUUCAAUCCUACCCAAAUUGUAUUUGGGAGUGGAUUGUUUAUUUUACGACCAGGCGCAGACGCUUCUGGGUAUGUGCUUGACUGCCUAAAGAAUGGUUUGGAAUCGGAAUUCACAUUUCAUAACUUGAAAGAACGGUUGAUUAAUGGAUUGGUUGGCGUGUACUUGGAGAAGCAAUCUUUGAUGGAUUUGAGAAAGGGGGAAUUUGAACUCGUUCCAUCGACAAAAAUUGUUUUUCUGGACGAGUCGGUCAACCAAGUAACGGAAAUCGCAAAGGAAUUGUUGGGAUUUAGAGAAAAACUAAAAGAGAUGACCUAUUCAAAAUUUCAAACUGAAAACGAACCCAUCGCCAUUGUUGGAAUGUCAUGUCGAAUACCAAAUUCUAUGGGCGUGGAGGAAUACUGGAAAACCUUUUUGGACGCUAAGUGUGUCAUUCGGCCCCCUCCUGAUGGGCGUUGGACUUUUGAGAAAAUUGGUACUAAUGAAGAGGGUCAAAUGGAAUGCGGCUUUCUACCCUAUCCCGUGGACGAAUUUGAUGGCGAUUUUUUUGAAAUAAGUCCAGCAGAGUGCAACUUCACCGACCCACAACAACGAUUUCAACUUGAAGCUUCAAGCACUAGAGGAUGCAGGCAUAAACCCACAAUCUCUCGCUGGAAGCGUGACCGCUACGCAGCGGGAUUCGCACGAUUGGCACACACUUACAAGGUACGAGGCCCCAACCUUGGUGCCGAUGUUGCUUGCUCUUCUUCCUUUGUUGCGAUAGGUCAAGCAGUACACGAUCUACAACGAGGGGUGGCCAAUCUUGCAAUAACUACUGCAGCGAACCUGAUAAUCAAGCCCACCUUCCAGAAUGACGUCAUCCUAUCAAAGGACUUUAGGUGUAAAACAUUUGAUUCUUCUGCUAACGGAUUUGCAAGGGCAGAAGGUGUUGCUGCCCUUAUUUUAAAAAGAUUGAGUGACGCUGAAAGAGAUGGAGACCGGAUUCAUUCGGUCAUUAUGGGGUACGGUGCAACCCAGGAGGGCGAAACCAAGAGCGUGGGAACACCAACUGUUGAAAUGGAAGCAUUAGCAAUGGAACUUGCUUUACGUGAUGCUGCAUUGAAGCCGGAACAUAUCCAAGUUGUUGAGGCACACGGGACUGGCACGGCUAAGGGGGAUCCGCUUGAAAUUAAGGCAAUUGCAAAGGCAUACUCUACUUCAAAUAGGGAUGAUCCACUAAUUAUAACCGCUGGGAAAGCAAAUAUUGGUCACACAGAAAGCGCGUCUGGUAUAGCUGGUCUAAUAAAGAUAACAAUGGCUAUGAAGAAUGGCCUAAUUCCUAGGCAAACCGGAAUUCAUAGGUUGAAUCCAAAAAUUAAUUUGUCAAUAAUUCCUGCCGCAAUUCCUCUGGAGGGCAAUAUUCCUUGGCGUCCCGUACCUGUUACACCAAAAAUUGCGGGGAUAAGUUCAUUUGGCUUUACUGGGACUAACACCCAUAUCAUUUUACAAGAAGCUCCAAAAUCAAAUUAUAAUGCGUUUGGCCCGAUGAGAUUGGACGAUAUCGCUUACACGGCUAAUGUUGGGCGAGCUAAAUUUUCGAAUAGAAUUGCAGUCACUGCUAAGAACAAUAAAGAGUUGUCCCAAAAACUGAACACUAAAAACUGGUCAUCUUGGAUUGUGCAGAACGAACCAAAAAUAUGCUUCCUUUUUCCAGGACAAGGAACCCAACAUUUGGGAAUGGGUAGUCAGCUUUAUGACAAGUUCCCAGUUUUCAAAGAACAUUUUGACAAGUGUUCGCAACUGAUGAACCAAAUGUAUGGACUUGACAUCAAAACUGCAUUUUGGGGAGAUUGUUCAUCUAAGCGUCACCAGUCGCUCUUUGCUACUUGUUCUGUGUUUGUUAUUGAAUAUUGUUUGAUUAAAUUAUACGAGUCCCUCGGGGUAUAUCCAGAUCUUACUGCCGCCUCACUAAUAACACUUGACGAUGCAUUAAAGAUUGUUGGAUCACGGUUCAAGCUUCUCGACAAACUCCCCGAAGGAAAAAUGGUGGCUGCUAAUGCACAGAAUGACUCAUGCCUGGAACUAAUUGCCAAGUUUUUGAAGUCCCGAUCUGCCAAAGACAUAGACUGGCUUGACAUUGCUGCACGCAACUCCGAAGAACAAACUAUCGUGUCCGGGCCCCCUCUUGCAAUUGAAGAAUUUGCAGAAUUUUGUCGAAACCAUGGAGUGAGAGUUAGAAUCUUGGAUACAUCAUACCCAUUUCACUCCAGAGGUUUGGAUCCCAUUAUAACUGAAUAUAAAGAAGUUUUGAACACUCUUGGACAGCAAGCGGUGUCAUCAGCUUGUAAAUUUAUUUCUAGCGUUGAUGGUACGGACAGAUCAAAUUUAUCUCCAGAAUAUUGGAAGUGUAACGCGAGAGACUCUGUUCAAUUUAUUAAAGCUGUGCAAACUAUCGAAAAGCUCAUCCAGGAGGAUGAUUCUGGCCGACAGUACAUCUUUCUCGAAAUGGGACCGCAUCCUGUCCUUUCAGCUUUAGUUCACUCAAACUUUUCAUUUACGCCUCAAUGUAUCAAAUCCAUGAAGAAAGGUUGUAAUGAGAUGGAGGUAUUUCUACAAGCUCUUGGUAAAUUGUUUGUUCAUGGAGUUCAAGUCCACUUUGAUAAUUUUCAUGACGUUCAUUACAAAACUAAAGUUUCCCUUCCAUUUUAUCCAUUCCAAAGAAAGUCAUUUUGGUUCCCUUUCGAAUCUGUGGAUGGUUCCUCUUGUUCAAACAAAGAUAUAGUGCAUCCCCUUCUAGGGAGACAAGUAGCACUGCCAGGAUCUGGGCCCCUAAAGGCUAAGAGAUUUGAACAUUUAAUAGCUGCUACGUCAAACCACUGGAUAGGUGAUCAUCGUAUUGGACAGUGGCUAUUAAUGCCAGCGGCAGGGUUCAUAGAGAUGAGUUUGGGGGCACAUUGCCUGAUGUCUGAUCGUAUUCUGAAUCACUUCACAAUUGAGAAUUUUAGCAUCCAAACUCCCGCCUACCUAACUCAAACCGGAUCAACUUAUCAUACUAUCUUGGAGGGUAACCUGAUUAAAAUUUACAGUCGGUUUGACACGGACACGUGGACCCUACAUUCAGUUGGAACAGUAAAAGAAUCCUCGCGGAAGGAUUUAAAUUGCACUGCUAACAGCAUUGCACAACUUCAAGACCAUCAAUCCCCGCUUGAAAUCUCUGCUGAAGCUAUGUACGAACGAUUGAUCAAUAAAGGAUAUAAUUAUGGAGAAUCAUUUCGAUGCAUCAAGUCUCUAUGGGAGGACCAGAUGUCGAACCAGUAUGCAAGAAUAAAACUUGACCCAGGUCACAUUGAGUGGAGUAAAGAUCCAAUUGCAGCACGGAUCAUAGACCAAACCACCACCUCUUCCGGUGAUGAAACAAAGAGUAGCUGGUUGAUUUUUGGAUUGCACGACAGCUUCACGAAAGAUUUAAUGUGUAAGCUCAAGGAGUCAGGAGAAAUCGCUACGUUAAUCACAGAUGGUCCAGAGAAUAGAAUGUCAACGCAAUGUAUUCAAACGAUGGGUAGCAGCAAGGAAGAAUUCGUGCAGAUUUUAUCCAAAUUUCCGGAAAUCAGAGGAGCAAUCUUUUCAUGGGGAUUUAGGUCAGUAUUGGACGACGUGAUAAUUGAAAAAUGGCUUUACCUGCUACAAGCAAUCGCCGCUUACUCAGGGAGGUUCGACAAAUUGCUCCUGCUAACGCAAGGGUGUCCGUCAAAUAAUGCUGAACUGUUCGCGCAAAAACCAGUCGCUGCCUUACUUGUAGGAAUGUUUCGUUCAUUUCAAUCCGAAAAUCCUAUUAUAGCCUGUAAAAUUAUUGGUCUGGAUGCCCAAAAUCACGGGGAUAUUCAAAAUAUUAUUGAAGAAACUUAUCAAGAUCCAAAUGCUACAAGUGGUGGUAAUAUGAUUUGCUAUCGAGAAGGAGUUCGGUUGACUCAAAACUUGGUGAAGUUAAAACCUCCCACCCUUCUUAAAUUGCCAAAGACUUCCAGAUUUAGUCUACGGCUUCCCACUUCAAAUAUUAUUUCAGAUUUAAAGUUCAUGGUUAUGCCUCCGGUUGCAUUGAAGAAGAAGGAACUAGAAAUCAAAGUCAAUGCUUAUUCGUUAAACUUUCGUGACAUCUUUGCCGUACUUAAACCCACUGAAGCGUUUGCUAAACUCAAUGUUAUUGGAAGCGAUUUCUCAGGAGUUAUUAGCCGAAUUGGAAGUCCCGUAAAUAAGUAUCAAGUUGGGGACAUGGUGUUUGGAUGUCAUAACCAAAAUGUGGCACUACCAUCACAUAUUAUCACUACUGAAAAUAUUAAGAAGAGCGACACAGUACUAAUUCAUGCCGCCUUGGGUGGUGUAGGAUUAGCCGCCGUGCAAUUGGCAAAUACAGUUGGGGCAAAUGUCAUAGCCACGGCGGGAAGUUUGAGGAAAAGAGCAUACCUAACGAAUAUAGUUGGAAUAAAGCAUGUCUUCAACUCGAGGAACUUGUCCUUCGAGGCUGCCGUAAGUGCUGCAACUGAUGGAGCUGGGGUUGACAUAGUUCUGAACUCCUUAACUGGCCGUGGAUUCAAGGAAGCCUCUCUCAAUUGUCUAAAGAAGGGGGGCAGAUUAAUCGAAAUGAGCAAAAUCAACGUUUGGACAGAAGAGGAGUGCAUGUCGCUUCGGCCAGAUGUGAAGUAUUCCAUUGAAGAUUUGAGCUUAUCAGAGGACAACUCAGCGCUUUCAUCUCAGCUUGAAAACAUAGCAACGGGGUUAUGGCAGCCCUUGCCCUAUGUUCACUUCCAAUCACAAGAAAUACGAGAUGCACACUCAUUCCUUGAAAAGGCGAAACAUAUAGGGAAAGUAGUUGUUAGUAUGCCUGACAAGGAAAAUAAACUAUUUAAUCACCAAAGCAACUAUCUCAUAACUGGAGGAUGUGGAGGCAUUGGUUGGGAAUUAAUGAAAUGGAUGUUGGAGAAUGGUGCCAAGCAAAUUUUCCUUAUGGGCAGACGAAUUCCAUCGCUGGAGCGCCAGAGUGAAAUUAAUUACCUUAAUGAUCGCGGAUUUCACGUAACUUGGAAACGUGGUGAUGUAAAUAAGCUGGCUGAAUGUGAAUCCGUAUUUUAUUGGAUAAAAGAGGAGUUCCCUCAAUCACCACUAAGAGGGAUAUUUCAUUGCGCUGGAGUUCUGUCGGAUGCCGUCAUCCUUAACCAAACAAAAGAAACAUUAGAGAAAGUUCUAAGCCCAAAAUUCCACGGAGGGUGGGACCUUCACGAACUUUCCAAAACCUUAAAUCUACAGUAUUUUGUCCUGUUCUCUUCGAUCAGUUCCUUGAUAGGUACUAUAGGUCAGGGGAACUAUUCUGCCGCAAAUUCGUUUUUAGAUGCACUCUCUCAUUACCGGCAUGCCCAAGGUCUCCCAGCGAUUUGUUUGAACUUUGGCCAAUGGGGUGAAGUGGGACUGGCGGCGGGUCAAAAUAUUUCGGGCCUUCACCCUAUGUCUACGAAGCAAGCUCUGGCAUUAGAACUUGCUCUGAAGUCUAAAUACAUUCAACUGUGCCCAAGUUCUAUUAAUGUUACCAAGUUAGUUCAACGAAUUCCUUGGAUUGAAAACUUUUUGGCAAAUAUCCAAAACUCUGAGAAGAAGCAUAAUAGUAAAAUUUUUGGGCCAAAUAAAUUUGAUAUCGUCAGUUCUGAAAAGUUUUAUGUUGAAUUUGAUUCUUGCGAAAACGAAGUGGAUCGAAACUCUGUCAUUCUAAAAUAUUUGAGGACAAUUGUAUGUUCUGUUCUUCAGCUUGAGCAAAAUGAUUGGAUAAAUCGAAAAUUUUCCCAACUAGGACUGGAUUCAUUAAUGAUGAUUGAGAUCAAGAACAAAACAUCGGGUUUACUUGGUGGAAACGUGCAGAUGGGUAUUAACGACUUUACCGAUAGCGAAGACCUCGAAAGCCUAGUCAAGCAGAUCAAGCCAAUAAAGAAAGUAAUUUCUGCUUAG